AGCUGGCAAAUUUUUGGAUUUAGGUGCAAUCAAAGCCAUCUUGGAGGAUAUAGUGAUAGGGGGAACAGACACAACAGCGACGACAGUGGAGUGGGUCAUGGCAGUGCUUCUUGAUAAUCUAGAGGUCAUGAAACAGGUCCAAAAUGAGUUGGAGCAGAUAGUUGGAAUGAACUCUACUGUGGAAGAACUCCAUUUACCUAAGCUUACCUAUUUGGAUGCUGUUGUGAAGGAAACUUUGCGUCUACAUCCUCCACUCCCACUCCUCGUCCCCAGGUGUCCAACAGCAACUUCACAAGUGGGCGGUUACACAAUCCCAAAAGGCACUAGGGUCUUUCUGAAUACAUAUGCCUUACACAGAGAUCCUCAGCUUUGGGACAAUCCGUUGAAGUUCAUGCCAGAAAGGUUCCUCGAUCCGGGUUUGGUUUCGGGAUUGGAUUACACCGGGAAUGAUUUUCGGUUUCUUCCUGUGAAAGACAUUGGAAUAUGCUGUAUAAUAUGCUUUAGAAUAUUCUUCUAUCUUUAGAAUAUGCUUUAGAAUAUUUUAGGAAUAUACUCUAGGAUAUUAUUAUUGUAUAGCAUCUUAUAGGAAUAUUCUAUCUUUGUAAUGUAUAUAUAUAGGGACUUAACCCUCCAAAGAAAUACACAGAAAAUUCUUCCAUUCUCAUUACUAUUAUAUGCUUAAUUCUGAUAACAUGGUAUCAGAGCCUACCAUUUCAAUUUAGCUUCUUCUUCUUUUUUUUGGCUGGUUCCUUUGUAUACAGAAUAUCAGUUUAGUUCAGAAUCUCAGUUCAGAACAUUGUUUCUCUAAGCAGUUCACAGAACCUCUGUAUUCUUUUCAGCUUAGUUUUCCAUAUCUCAAUUUAGUGGUCAGACUGGAUUCUUUCCCGAAGAGCUUGAGUUCAGUCCAGAAUCUUCAGAACCUCUAGGCACCACUGUCUACAAGAAUCUCCAGUACAGGCACUCUAAUUACCCUUAAACCAGAACCUCUAUCAGAACCUUAGUCCAUCUCUGUCAGGUCCAUCCAUCUUCCCUGGCCAGAGAUUUGAUCAGAAUUUUUCCAGAAGACUCGCCUAAGAAGACUCUACCACCAGGUGGACGGACAUCUGUGGACAUCCACAUCUUCGUCUGGUUGUUCGCGCUGGGGUCUCCCAUAUCUGUGGAAAUUUGCUCGUCUGGUUGUUCGCGCUGGGGUCUCGCUUGGGAUGCUUCCUCUCCUUCGCGGAUGAUUCGCCGUUCGCGUCUGGUUAUCUUAUUCUCCGCAUCAGUCAACGCCAAGCUGGAUAUCUUAGUCUCCAAGUUUUAAGUCCACAGUCGGGAACCCUACUGUAAGAUUUCAGAAUAUCUCAUUUUGUUUUAAUAUUAUUAUUGUCUCUUAAAAGAAAAAAAAAAAAGAAAAAAAAAAUGCCUGGUUCUGACACUGACACCUCCGCAGUAACACAAAGUCAGCCUUUGAUAGUUUCUGAAGUUAUUCCCAUUAAUUUUAAAAUUACUGAGAAUAAACUUUGUGGCUCCAAUUAUCUUGAAUGGAGUAAAACUAUCAAACGUUAUUUAAGGAGCAUUGAUAAAUAUACCCACUUAGUUGAUGACCCGCCAAAGGAGGAGGUUGAUAGAGCUGCUAAUACUGCCUGGCUUCGUGACGAUUCUAGAUUAUUUAUCCAGAUUCAAAACUCAAUGGAGAAUGAGGUAAUGGGGUAUAUUAGUCAUUGCGAUACUGUGAAAGAACUGUUUGAUUAUUUGGAAUUUAUGUAUUCUGGAAAAGGUAAUCUUAACCACAUCUAUGAGGUGUGCAAAGCCUUUUACAGAGCAGAAAUGAAAGAUAAGCCUCUCACGGGUUAUUUUAUGGAUUUCAAGAAAACCUAUGAAGAGCUGAAUACAUUAAUGCCAUUUAGUCCUGAUAUCAAAGUGCAGCAGAAACAAAGAGAACAAAUGGCAGUGAUGAGUUUUUUGGCUGGUCUAACAUCUGAAUUUGAAACAGCCAAAUCACAUAUCUUAUCUAGUGAUGAGGUCUCUUCUCUUCAAGAGUCUUUCACUAGAGUGCUUCGCACCGAUACUUCAUCCACGCCAUUAGCACCUCAGUCAAGCAAUGCAUUUGUAGGGCAAGUUCCGACAUUCACCAGAGGAAGUGAGAAAUAUCCACGUACUGGCCCAUCUGGCAAAGGCGUAGUAUGCAACUACUGUAAAAAGCCUGGACACUUGAUCAAAGAUUGUAGAAAAUUAAAAUUCAAAAAUCAAGGAAAUCAGGUUGCUCACAUUGCUUCCGCUACACAGUCUUCUGAUGGAUCAAUAAGUAUGUCUUCUGAGGAAUACGCCAAAUUUCUUUGCUACCAAGAGACUCUAAAGCAUUCAUCUACUCCUAUCUCAGCUGUCGCUAAUUCAGGUAAUCCAAACACAUGUCUUGUGUCUUCAUCCUCAAAAUGGGUUAUCGAUUCAGGGGCAACAGAUCAUAUGACAGGUAAUCCUAGUCUUUUUUCCUCAUUCCACACACCUCUUCAUACUUCUAGUGUUACUUUGGCUGACGGAUCUACGUCACCAGUUCUUGGAACGGGUAUAAUUGUCCCAACACCUACCUUACCUUUGUCACCCGUCCUAAGUCUUCCUAACUUUGCCUUUAAUUUGAUUUCGAUCAGCAAAAUCACACGUAAUCUUAAUUGCUCUGUAACCUUUUUUCCUGGAUAUUGUGUAUUUCAGGAUCUGGUGACGAAUCGGGUUAUUGGUAAAGGAUAUGAGUCGGCUGGUCUCUAUCUCUUGGAUACAUCCUUACCCAAAUCCAUCUCUUGUCUUGGAGUUGGAACUGUGUUAGAGGCUCAUUAUCGACUAGGCCAUCCCUCUCUCCCGUUGUUAAAGAAACUUCAUCCUCAAUUUAAUAAGGUGUCAUCUUUACAGUGUGAUUCAUGUCAAUUUGCAAAACAUCAUCGAACUAGUUUAAGUCCCCGAGUCAAUAAACGAGCACACGCUCCUUUUGAACUUGUUCAUUCUGAUGUUUGGGGCGCUUGCCCUGUUGUGUCCAAAACUGGUGUUAAAUAUUUUGUUACCUUUGUUGAUGAUUAUUCUCGUAUGACUUGGAUAUAUUUUAUGAAACGUCGUUCUGAGUUAUUUUCUCAUUUUUGUGCCUUUUGUGCUGAAAUUAAAACUCAAUUUAAUGUACCUGUUCGUAUUUUAAGGGGAGACAAUGCUCAAGAAUAUUUAUCUUCCUCAUUUAAGUUGUAUAUGGCUCAACAUGGCAUCAUUCAUCAAACUUCAUGUGUAGAUACACCUCCCCAAAAUGGAGUUGCUGAACGCAAGAACAGACAUCUAUUAGAAACUGCGCGGGCUCUUCUAUUCCAAAUGAAUGUGCCUAAACAGUUUUGGGCAGAUGCUGUGUCUACAGCAUGUUUUUUGAUCAAUAGAAUGCCAUCUACUGUCUUGGAUGGUAAAACUCCAUAUCAGUGCCUAUUUCCAAAUAAUGAAAAUUUUCCUAUCCCUCCUAAAAUAUUUGGUUGCACUUGUUUUGUACGAGAUGUUAAUCCCCAUUUAACAAAGUUAGAUCCCAAGUCAUUAAAGUGCAUUUUCUUAGGCUACUCUCGAGUUCAAAAGGGUUACAGAUGUUUUUGUCCAAGUACGGGUCGAUAUCUUGUUUCAAUUGAUGUCUCCUUUCAUGAAAAUACACCGUUUUCAUCAACAGAGACAAAUAUUUGUAGGGAGAAUGAUGAUGUACUCAUUUACACAGUCACUAUACCCGAGUCCACUGCUUCAGCCGUUGUUCCACAUGUUACUUUUCCUGAGCCUAGUCCCCCGGUACACUUGGUCUACACCCGUCGAAACAAAGUACAAGAUCCCCCUCCACCUGUGGUUACUUAUCCUGAUACUGAUCCGGUCUCGAUCUCAUGUCCUGAACCAAUACCUGCAUCUCCAGAUCCUGCCUCUACAUCAGAUCUUGACCUCCCUAUCGCACUACGUAAAGGUACACGGUCUUGUACUCAUCCUAUUUCUUCAUUUGUGUCGUAUAAUCAGUUAUCAUCUGCCUCAUGUUCUUUUAUUGCUUCCAUUGAUUCUAUUUCUGUUCCCAAAUCUGUUAAAGACGCUUUGUCCCAUCCUGAAUGGCGUCAUGCCAUGGUAGAGGAAAUGAAUGCUUUGGAUCUUAAUGGUACUUGGGAUUUGGUAGACUUGCCUACAGGGAAGAAAUCUAUUGGAUGUAAGUGGGUCUUUGCUGUAAAGGUUAACCCCGACGGCUCCGUUGCUCGGUUGAAAGCCCGAUUAGUAGCGAAGGGUUAUGCUCAAACCUAUGGGGUUGAUUAUUCUGACACUUUUUCUCCUGUUGCUAAAUUAACAUCUGUCAGGUUACUUAUUUCUCUCGCUGCAACUAAUGGUUGGCACUUACAUCAGCUGGACAUUAAAAAUGCAUUCUUGCACGGUGAUCUUCAGGAGGAAGUUUAUAUUGAGCAACCUCCAGGGUUUGUUGCUCAGGGGGAGUAUGGAAAAGUGUGUCGACUUCGCAAGUCUCUUUAUGGUUUGAAACAGAGUCCCCGUGCAUGGUUCGGGAAAUUCAGUCAAUCAAUUGAACGAUUUGGAAUGAUAAAGAGCAAAUCAGAUCACUCUGUAUUUUACAGACAAACGAAAGCAGGUAUCACAUUGCUUGUGGUGUAUGUCGAUGAUAUUGUGAUUACAGGGAGUGAUAAUGCAGGUAUUUUGGCUCUUAAGAAUUUUCUUCAUAGUCAAUUCCAGACGAAAGAUUUGGGCUCAUUGAAAUACUUCUUGGGGAUUGAGGUUAUACGGAGCAAGAAAGGCAUAUUUCUAUCUCAACGUAAAUAUGUGCUUGACUUGCUAACUGAAACAGGGAAAUUGGGGGCAAAACCGAGCAAUACUCCCAUGAUUCCCAAUGUGCAGCUCACUCAUGAAGGCGUACCAUUCAAAGAUCCAGAAAGAUAUAGAAGGUUGGUUGGAAAGCUUAAUUAUCUCGCAGUUACCCGUCCAGAUAUUGCGUACUCAGUGAGUGUAGUAAGUCAAUAUAUGUCAUCUCCGACAGUUGAUCAUUGGAAUGCUGUAGAGCAUAUAUUAUGUUACUUGAAGGGGACACCAGGACGAGGUAUUGUUUAUCAAAAUCAUAAUCACAUGAGAAUAGAAUGCUUUGCAGAUGCUGAUUGGGCUGGAUCUAAAGAUGAUAGAAGAUCCACAUCUGGCUAUUGCGUCUUUGUUGGUGGUAAUCUCGUCUCUUGGAAAAGUAAGAAGCAGAAUGUGGUUUCUCGUUCGAGUGCUGAAUCAGAAUAUCGGGCUAUGGCACAAUCGGCAUGUGAGAUAAUCUGGAUAAAUCAUCUAUUGAGUGAAAUCGGACUGAAGACACCAAUGCCUGCUAAACUCUGGUGUGAUAACCAGGCUGCUAUACACAUUGCCAACAACCCAGUGUUUCAUGAGAGAACAAAACAUAUUGAGGUCGAUUGUCACUUUGUUCGAGAAAAGAUACAACAAGGAUUGAUCUCUACAGGAUAUGUGAAGACGGGAGAGCAACUUGGAGACUUGUUCACUAAAGCACUAAAUGGAAUUCGUGUUGGUUAUUUAUGUAACAAGUUGGGCAUGAUAAAUAUCUAUGCUCCAACUUGAGGGGGAGUGUGAAAGACAUUGGAAUAUGCUGUAUAAUAUGCUUUAGAAUAUUCUUCUAUCUUUAGAAUAUGCUUUAGAAUAUUUUAGGAAUAUACUCUAGGAUAUUAUUAUUGUAUAGCAUCUUAUAGGAAUAUUCUAUCUUUGUAAUGUAUAUAUAUAGGGACUUAACCCUCCAAAGAAAUACACAGAAAAUUCUUCCAUUCUCAUUACUAUUAUAUGCUUAAUUCUGAUAACACUUCCGUUUGGGUCGGGAAGGAGAAUCUGUGCUGGGAUUCCCCUGGCUGAGAAAAUGCUUAUGUACAUUUUGGCCUCGUUGUUGCAUUCCUUCAACUGGCGGCUUUCUGAAGGGGAAAAACUGGAUUUGUCAGAUGGGUUCGGAAUAGUCGCUAGGAAGAAGACUCCUUUGAUUGCUGUCCCAACUCCGAGGUCAUCCAACUCUGAGCUUUAUCAUUAAAGCUCGGAGAAUCAUAACUUAAUGAAAUAACAUGUUACUUUCAAGUUAAACUAUGUUUAUGUAUAUAAGCGGCACGCAGACCUCAAAUUACAGAAAGAUCAUUUUCUUAUUGUUAUCUUAUCUUUUGAUACAUUACUCUCACUCUCUCACACAUAGACACACAUGCAUAUCAUACAUGCUGCAUGCAUAUCAUACAGAGUAAAUGUUUAGAAAAUCAAGUUCUUUUAUAAAGUAGAGGAAAAUUAAAAGAGAACUUCUGAUAACUAAAAGAUAUGAUUGAUACACAUAGACACACAUGCAUAUCAUACCUUUUAAUUGAUAACUAAAAGGGAGUGUUUGCAACUGCUUAAAAAAAAGCACUUCUCACUUUUGGCUUUAAAAAGCACUUAUUUACCAAACACUACCAAUUUUUACUUUUUCUCGGCUUGCGUGUGAAAAGUGCUUUUCUCUUUUCUAUUACACAAAAAGCACUUAUUUUACCAAACACUACCAACUUUUACUUUUAAAAAUCACUUUUUUCUCAAACACUAUCAACUUUUACUGUUAAUCACUUUUUCCUUACAUCUCCAAAAGUGCUUUUUUUUUAGCAGAAGCAGUUGCAAACACUCCCUAAGUCCAUGUUGAUUCCCAAAUGGCGAAGAAGGCUUUUAGUUAAAAGGAAGGAACUAGUAACAUUUAGGAGGUGUUUCGAAUUGAUUCUACUUUUGCUUAGCUUCUUUUCUAAACGCAGAAGUAGAAUCAGAAUUAGUUUUUCAGAACCUGAUCUCCUCAACUUCUAAAACAACUGCUUGUAGGAGUAAUUUGGAACACCCUGAAAUACUUCUGAACUUUCACCCAAACACCCCAAUAUCUGAUUCUUCUCCUUGAAGGAGCAUAAGCAAAUUUCAAAAGUAGAUCCAAGCAUCCCCUUUAAUUACAAUUGUGCUACUUGUACAUCAAUGUACAAAUCAAAUUUACACGCCCAAGUGUAAUUGUCAAUGUAUAGUCUACCACCCCAAAAAAAUGAAUUGUCUGCACACAGACAAUUACACUUGAGCGUGUAAAUCAGCGUGUACAAAUAACAUUUUUCUUUAGAUUAUGGGUUAAUUUUUAUCUAUACAAAUUAUCAAAGAAAUGGUAAUUAUAUUGGAAUUCCUUGUUAUGUUGACAGCGAUGAUAAUGACUCCCAAUUCUAUCUAAUUGCGAUGAUCAAAAUUAACUGAUUUUACAACUCUUCUUUGAGAUUUUAUUUUCUAAUUAUUGAUGGGUACUGGUGGUUUAGUUUUUUUGGAUGAACUGGUGGUUUAGUUAUAAACCAUUAUAAUAUAAGGAUAGUCAAUCAGGUAAAGUCACUUUUAAGGAAAAACAAAAUAAUAAUUAUUUUAUGGGUAAAAUAAAAGUAGUGGAUAACCAUUAUCACGUUCACUUUAACACUAUAAUUACCGUGAUGACAUGCUCAUAGUACUUUAAUAGUAUACGAAGUACUUGUAUGAUAUUUCAUGCCCCAAUACUCCAAUAGUCUUCAAAUAUCAUAUUUUUGGAUUACAGUGUUUUCUUUAUCUCCACGAGGGCAUAAAUUAUCAUCAUGCCUAUUGAGAUUGUGCUCAAUGUAUUUAAGAUAUCACCAACUUUAUCUACAAAGAAAAAGUUAAUUUUGAAUCGUAUAAUUUAAAAUAAAAAGUUAAUCGCUACUCCAAAUGUAAAAAAGUAGAUUUACCUAAUUUGGACAGAUGUCCGUAGAUCACUCGUACACCCAAAGCACCCAAAAAGAAGAUGAAGAAAAUGAAAAGUAAAGGAAAACAAAAGGAAAAGACAAUGGGAAAAAACCCUAUAAAAAUAGUCCAAGUGUCCAAGUCACCUGCCGAAUUGGGUCCUGCAGGUCACGGGUUCCUAUAUCGUACACCCCAAUGUACAGGUACAUCCAGGUAUUUUUGAAAUUCUUUCUAAUUUGUAAUUGGAAAAGAAGGCUUUAACUAACGAGACUCAUCACCGGCGAAGUAGCUAGACUGCGAAGCCAAAACUCGGAAGACGCUGCCCGGCUGGCUUCAAUUUACCAACUCUUGCAAUUCUGAUUUCAAUUCACUCUUUUUCUCUGUUUAAUAUCUUCCUUUAUGGCUUGCCGCCCUGUUCUUCUCCAGAAGGCAAUUGUGCCUUAUAGAAAUCCAAGUUCCAACCUCCCAAUCCAAGGUAUUAUUAAUACUUACUCCGUAUUAAGCAUAUAGCUUCACACCUUGACUGUCUUCAAUUGUUAUGCAAUUGGCCGUGAAUCGGAACUUGGGGUCGGGAGUUCUACGGGCUUCAGGAACACUGCUCAAUGCUAUUGUUAAGAACAGGUUGUCUCUUUAAUCAUUAUAUUUUUGAAAUUCUUUCUAAUUUGUAAUUGGAAAAGAAGGUUUCAACAUCCGGGAUCCAAGGAGCAAGAAGCACAAAGAUGGCCGGACACGACCGAUGUCACUACAGCCGUUAGAGCUACAAGCACACCAGACUAACCCCCAUAGAUGACCAUGGGAUUGGGACAAACCACGUUUCCUUCAUCUUCUUCAUCAGUUGGAUGAAAAUCACAUGCCCCCCGGACUAAUUUGUUUAUCAUCGAUACUCAUUUUGUACGUUAUGUAUGCUCAUUUGGUGCCACUGUUCUGCUCACUUUAAAAUGUUAUAUCAAUGCAUAUUUCAAAUGCACCACAUUACAUUAAGUUCACAUAGGAGUUGAUUAUAAAUAUGUUUAUAUUAUACUCAAAUUAGUAUACGCCUACAAAGAAUGAACGUCCACAAAUGAUUUUUUGAAUUUCUAGAUACUCAUUAUGUACGUUUUGAUGUUCAUUUGGUACUGCUGUUAUGCUCAUUUCAAAAUGUAAUUUUAAUGCGUAUUUCAAAAGCAUCAUAUUACAUUAGAUUCACAUAGUAGUUGAUUAUAGACAUGAGAGUAAAAAU